CAAGCGUCUCUCCCUGAGUCACUGAGGCCAGAGCUGUGGGGAGCAGGCUGGGGAGGAGGGGAUGAUGUCAUGGGUUCCUGGUCUCUCCUCUCCCUCUCACUUAACGCGUCUGUAGGAAUUAGAAGCCACAGAAGUGUGUGCAAGGCCUCCCUGGCCAGCUGGGGGAGGCGCCCCCACAGCUGAAUGCAUGGCCCCACCAUCCUAGCAGGGGCCGUGCGUGAGUGCCGCUCACUGAGGUGGGGGCCACACGGCCCCGGACUCCAGUUCUGGUUCGGAGGAUGCUGACUGCUGUGCUCAAGAAGAGCCGCUUCCUGAGUGCUGGAGCCAAGUGCUGCGAGUGCGGGGCCCUGCUGUCCCACCAGUACUAUGAGAAGGAUGGGCGCCUCUACUGCAAGAAGGACUACUGGGCCAGGUUCGGGGAGCUGUGCCACGGCUGCUCGGAGCAGAUCACCAAGGGGCUGGUCAUGGUGGCCGGGGAGCAGAAAUACCACCCAGAGUGCUUCCUCUGCCUCAGCUGCCAGGCGUUCAUCGGAGACGGUGACACCUACGCCCUGGUGGAGCGCUCCAAGCUCUACUGUGGGCACUGCUAUUACCAGAUGGUGGUGACCCCGGUGAUAGAGCAGAUCCUGCCGGACUCCCCGGGCGCCCGGAUCCCGCACACUGUCACGCUGGUGUCCAUCCCGGCCUGCAGCGACGGGAAGCGAGGGUUCUCUGUGUCCAUCGACCAGCACUGCAGCUCCCAGGGCUGUGGCUCAGAACACGCCCACACGGUCCGGGUCCGAGAAGUGGACCCUGACUGCAUCAGCCCCGACAUGAAGAACUCCAUCCACAUUGGGGACCGUAUCCUGGAGAUCAACGGCACCCCCAUCAGACAUGUUCCGCUGGACGAGAUUGACCUGCUGAUCCAGGAGACCAGCCGCCUCCUCCAGCUGACCAUAGAACACGACCCCCACGAGGUGGUGGCCCGAGAGUCGGUGCUGGAGGGCAGCCCCAUGGCCAAUCUGCACAGCCCCCAGCGCUUGCCGGCCUGCACGCCUGGUGGUGAGGCUAGUGCCAUGAGCCAGAGGACAGUCAUGAGGAGCUGCAGCAUUGACAAGUCCCCGUGCUCCAGCUCCUUGGGCUCUCCUGCCUCCCAGCGCAAGGACAUCAGCCGCUCUGAGUCGCUCCGUGUCGUCUCCCGCGCGCACCGCAUUUUCCGUCCCUCAGACUUGAUCCACGGCGAGGUGCUGGGGAAGGGCUGCUUUGGACAGGCCAUCAAGGUGACGCACCGGGAGACGGGCGAGGUGAUGGUCAUGAAGGAACUGAUCCGCUUUGAUGAGGAGACCCAGAGGGCAUUCCUCAAAGAGGUGAAAGUGAUGCGGUGCCUAGAGCACCCAAACGUGCUGAAGUUUAUCGGGGUGCUGUACAAGGACAAGAGGUUGAAUUUCAUCACAGAAUACAUCAAGGGGGGGACCCUACGAGGCAUCAUAAAGAGCAUGGACAGCCAGUACCCGUGGGGCCAGCGUGUGAGCUUUGCCAAGGACAUUGCGUCUGGGAUGGCCUAUCUGCACUCGAUGAACAUCAUCCAUCGUGAUCUCAACUCUCACAACUGCCUGGUGCGGGAGAACAGGAGGGUGGUGGUGGCCGACUUCGGGCUGGCCCGUCUCAUGGUGGAUGAAAAGAACCAGCCUGAGCAGCUCAAGAACCUGAAGAAGCCAGACCGCAAGAAGCGCUACACAGUGGUGGGGAACCCCUACUGGAUGGCCCCAGAGAUGAUCAAUGGCAGGAGCUACGAUGAGAAAGUCGACAUCUUCUCGUUUGGCAUCCUCUUGUGUGAGAUCAUUGGCCGGGUCAGCGCCGACCCUGACUACCUGCCCAGAACCAUGGACUUUGGGCUCAACGUGCGAGGGUUCCUGGAGCGGUACUGCCCCCCUGCCUGCCCCCCGAGCUUCUUCCCCAUCGCCGUGCGCUGCUGCGAUCUGGACCCUGAGAAGAGGCCCUCCUUCCCCAGGCUGGCACAGUGGCUGGAAACCCUGCACAUGCACCUGGAGAUCCACCUGCCGCUGAGCUCGCAGCUGGAGCAGCUGGAUCGGGCCUUCUGGGAGUCAUACCGGCGGGGCGAGGGCGGGCUGCCCCUGCACCCCGAGGUCCCUGACUGAGCACCGAGCCAUAGACGUGGGGGGAGAGCUCUCACACGCCCCUCCCUCACUCUCACAGUGCAUGGGGAGCACAGCCCAGGGGGCAAGCACUGCCCCCGCCUGCCACCGCCCCCCCCAGGGGCUGGAUCUCUGGGGUGCCUCAGCAGCAGCCGGUGGCCGAGCCCUCUUGGCAAGGCCAGUUUGGUUGCUUCCCUUGCCAUGUUUGCCGUUCAGUUCCCUCGGGGGAGCCAGCCCUCCCCACCCACUGCACUUUCCCCAGCUCCCUGCCUCCCUGCCCAUCCUGACUGUACAUAGCCCCUCCCCAUGUGGAGUCUGCAGCCGGAAAGGGGCCCCUCAGCAUGCUGGGUGUGCGGCAGCCUGCAGCCUCACUCCCCCACUCCUUGGUGAGCCACCUGCCUGCACGGCCCUUUGCACACUCCCCAGAGUGCGGGGGGGCACUGACUCGCUCUGACACCGGGCUCUGCCCCUGCGGCUGUGGGGCACUGGGCCUCGCUCAGCACCUGCAGGGUGCCCCGGCCUUCCCCUGGGCAGCCGCUUGGCCUGUCAAAGUGGUGCCUUGGCUUUGUGAACUUGCACUGCAAAACUAAAGGGUUCUCUGAGCCAGGGGGGCCGCUGGGUGCUCACCGGCGCUCUGCAGGCCGUGGGUAGGCAUGUGCAUGCAUGUGAUGGGGUGCAUGUGCAUGUCGGGCGUGUGUCUCUCUGGUGGGGCAGGGGGUGGGGUGUUGCUUCGGGGCUGGGUGCCUCUGAUCCCAGUGGAUAACUGUUGCAAUGCCCCCUCCAUAGAGAUGGCUGGGGGUCCCACAAACUCUUCCUUUUCCCUUUUGGGGUCCCUGUGUGUCACUCCCGCCUCACCCUCUUCUCCCUGGGCCCACAGCCCCCCUCCCUUUGCUAGGGUUUGGUUCAGUGCAGGAACACCUUGGCAUGAGGCCAGCUGGAUCCGAGAAAGGGACCUGGGCCCUCCAGCAGAGGGGAGUGCUCCCCAGAGGGGGUCUGAUCCCAGGCCCAUUCCUGCCCUGCUGGCAUCUCCUCUCUCAUUACACGUCUCCCAGCUCUGCUCCGUGGCCUCAGCCUCUCGUGCUCUGGUAUUCUAGGAGCCAGCUCCCCUGACUCUGGGACUGCACUGCUCUGUGUAUAGCCCGGGCCGUCAGUCCCUGCUUCCGUGUUCGCUCCGCGUCCGCCUGAGGUCCCAGAUGCAGAGCCCAAGCCAGAGGGACAGGAGCUCCCCCAGCAAAAUUCCUGUUGAGCUGGAGCACGGCUCGCUGGGGCGAGGCACCCGCCGGCGUGAGUGUUUCCGGCGGGGUGGCUGCGUGUGUACGCUCCGUGUGUGUCUCUUGGAGCAGAUGUGGUGGUGUCUUGCCUGUGUGUGUGUGCGAGAGAGAGUAUGUGCUGUGAGUGUGCCUUGAAGGGGGCGCGACUCCCUGCACAUGUGGCUGGAGCAUCUCUUUUCCCGUAACUGUACUGUGAUGUGCAUGUCUCUCUUGCAGCGUAUGUGACCCCUGCUCCCUGCACAUGCCUGCUAAUGUGUCCCACCCCCCGUGUCUCUGGAUUUUCUGACCCAGGGGAGAGGGUGUGGGGGGACACAGCUGGUUUCAUUUCCUUUCCAUUAGGGGGCCUCUGACCCCUUGCCCAGCACCAUGCGGGGGUCUCUGUGGGAAAGCACUGGCAGAGGGCUCUGGUCCUGAGGGUGCCCCCCACUGGUUUUUGCAGUGCGCUGCUGUUCAUGCUACGUUUAUUCAGGUUAAUUUUCUGUAAUAUAUUUAAAGAGAAGAGUUUGUAUUAUUUUUUCAUAUGGCCGCCAUGGCGAUUUGCAGUUUGCCAUUGUCACUCUGCCUCAGUUCUGCUUACAGGAAGCAUUCAAACUGUGAAGCGUCUCUGCGCACUUUUACCUGGAAGUAAAACCGCUGUCCUCGGAGGCGGGAAGGAGAAUUCUCAAACUGUGAUGUAACAAGUGAUGACUCAAUAAAUCCAGUCCUUCCCCUC